GAACUGCAAACACUGUAGGAGCCGCUUCCGGUCCAAGAACCCGGAACCGCCGCUGCUUAGGGAUGGAGGGAUUGGCUCCUCUGAGUUUCUAGUUACUGCGAUAUUGAGAUGGGGAGGGGCAGGAGAAAUCCUGCCAAUUGAGCUGUGCUACCUGCUUGAGGGAGACCUCUACUCAUUACAGUCGAACAACACCAGUUUGCCCUUCUUUGGAAGAGUGAGCGAUUUUAGAACAUUUUUAAAGAAAUACAAUUUUAUGACUUCUAAGACUAUAAUACAAGGAUACCCUCCAAAAUUAUCACAGGGACUGGAGCUCGGAACUGGUGGCAGGAACUCACAAUCAUCUGAGGCUCAGUUGAAAGAACUGGUGAUAUUUAGCAGGGAGAAAUGAAGAUCUAUGAGGGAUAAGCCAUCUUCAAAUGUCUGUCUGAGAGGCUGUCAGGUCACACUCUGCGAAAGGCUGGAAGAAGCAGGUCCUGUUCACGGGAAAAAAAAGAGGGUUACACAAAAGACAUGGUGACGGACUUUGAUGAGAAACAUGAUGAGUAUUUAAUAUUGCUUCAGCAGAGAAACCGGAUUUUAAAACAUUUGAAAACCAAGGACCCCAUGCAACUAAGACUAGAGCACUUAGAACAAGGAUUUUCUGUUUAUGUCAAUGGAGCUAAUUCAGAGCUGAAAACCUCUCCAAGAAAGGCCAUUCUUCCAGAUUUCCCUAGAAGUGCUUCACAUGCAGAAGGGGCACAUGAUUCUGGAAGAAGACCUUUAUUUAGAGAAACAGAAGAAACAUUAAGACGUGGUUCACGGACAGCACCUUGCAAAGUUCAGCGCAAAGGAUGGCAUCAGAAGUCUGUACAAAUUAGAACCGAAGCUGGACCUCGACUCUAUCUUGACCCCCCUCCUGAUUUUGCUGAGGACUUUGAAAGAAAUCAGAAUGUGGACAUCAAACCAAAGGAUUUUUCUAUUGAUUUUUCCCAGAAUCCUGAGUAUCCCACCAACAGCACUCCCUGUGAUUUUAAUUUCUCCCUUCUGAAUACACAUGGACAAUCAGACCCCCACAGUGAUGCAGACAAAGAAAGGAUACUUUUAACUAUUCAUGAUGUAAUGGAACUAAGAAAAAGCUUGGAGCUUAGUGUAAAUCUACAGAAAAAAGAAAAAGACCAUCCCAAUGAAGAUUAUGACUCUAUUGAAGAGGACUUAUUCACAGAACAUUUGCCAGAGGAUAAGACUCUAGACUCUUCUGGAGAUGACCUUCUACUCUCUGGAAGUAACUCCAUCCUGGAGGGAGCUCCCAAGCUGGAAGAGGUGGCAAAGGGAUUCAAUACUGAAUGCUCAGACACACUCAUUGUACUGGAAUUUAACCCAGCUUCCACAAAUAAAAGGGAAAGAAAUCUGUCUGCCAAGCGCAAGGAGAAUGCUGAACUCUUUAUUCCAUCCAAGCCAGGCACAGCCCAAGGUCGAGGAGAUCGCCAGCAUUGUACUGCUUUACAGGACCAAGAGAAAUCCUACUCUAGACCAGGAAGCCGAAAAGAGAGACCACUGUCUGCUACACGAAAGAACACAUGUAAGGAUGAAGACCCAGAAGAAGAUGCCUCAGCUGUUCUCAGAGCUAUACAAGUUGAAAAUGAAACCUUACAAAAGGAAAUUCUUAGCAGAAAGCUAGAUACUCUAGCUAGCCAACAGAAGGAAGAGGAGGAUAUACCAGUGAAACCUUGGGCUAAUCUUCUGAAGAAAGUGGAAGAAGUCCCUUUUUCUGCCCUUGAUGUGCCUCCACAUGACCUUUCCACAACCAAUGUUGUAUCUGAGCUUUCUGAAACCGCAGGAGGUGCAAACGCAGUCACGGAAGCAAUAGAGAGAAUUGGUCUUCUGGGAAGCAGGCAACAAAAGAAACUUCUGAAAGUCCUUCAGGCUAUUGAAAAUGAUCCUGCCCAUCUCAGUCAUAUAGGACCUGAGGACCCUGUAUUGGAUCUUGAGGAUACAUUGAGAACCAAAGUAGAAGAGAUCAAAGAUGCCAUUUAUGUGACCAUGGAAAUACUGUCCAAUUGGGGAAAUGAGGUCUGUGUGGGUCUGACAGAAGUUGAAUUCUUUGACCUUAACAAUGAAAAGGUGUUUGUGUCACCUCAUGAUGUGGAUAUCCGAAAUACUGACAAGCCUGGGGACCUGAGCUGCCUCGUUAAUAGAAAUCUGGCUAGUACUAAAGAGCUUUCUUUGUGGACCUGUCCUUUCCACCCUCCAGUUCAGCUUUUCUUUAUCAUCCGCAAUACUAGACAGUCCUAUGAAUUUGGCAUCUCCAGAAUCAAGCUUUGGAAUUAUUGGACAACUUACAGCGAUCUUGACAUAGGUGCAAAAAAGGUGAAGCUUUAUGUCAAUGAAAACCUUGUAUUUGAUGGAGAGUUAGAAAAAGGCAGUGGGCAGCUGGUAGCUGAUUGUAACACCACAAUUGACCUUAAAAAUGAUGGACAGGAGAAUGCUGCUACUCCUAACACAGAAGAAAGCAAAGACACAUGCAGGACUACUGGCACAGAUGGUGGCAAGGAAUUUGGUUUCAAUUAUUCACAGCCAGAUGGAACCUCUUCACAUUUGAAGGCCUCGUUGGAUGGAAAUAUCUUUGAUAUUAAGAUGCACUCUACUAAUUGUAUAAAGGACAAUUUGUCUAAGUUAGAGGAGGAUUUAAAAGUGUUAUCUGCUCCUGUCUCCAUGGUUGAUGCACCAAGUAACCCUCCAGAAUCCUCUGUUGUAAAAUACCCUUCUGAUGAUGAACUUACCAUAAAUGAGCAAUUAGAAAAACUCGCAGGCAGAAAAAUCUCUCAGCCUCUUAGUAAAACCCCACCUUGGUUACUGUCUUUUUCCAAAAUGAAAGAUAAGCCAGAAGGCAAGAAACAGAAGCCUCCCUGGCUGAGUCCAGAGGAGCCUCUUGAUUUGAAAGACAAACUACAAUCAGAUGGCAUCACUAAAGAAUUUCCUGGAGAAAAUGAGGAAAAUGAUAACUGCCUUCGAUGGGAACAAGGACGAGCCAGUAGCCGCCCUGCCAUUGCAAGUGACAAGCCACAGGCAAGAACUGAAAAAGGGGACAUUGAUGACUUAGAUAUUUUUGACCUACUUUCUAAUAAGGAUCGCUAUGGCCCAGAACGCCCUAUCAGUGGGAGGAGGAGUUCAAGAAAGGAUGCUUUUAGCAGUAAUGAUGGAGAUGAAGGUCUGACCAAUAAAGAGGAUGCCCUUCCUAUCAUGUCUACAAAGAUGACCCGAUCCAGGUGGAACAGUGAACAAGAACAUACCCUCCAGGAGUCUUGGAACUCCCUCACUGCCUUUAAUCGUUCUCACCGGGGUCGCAUAUCCAAUAUGGAAUUUCAGGGUGAUAUCUUUGAUGAAUUCCUCCAGCAGCAGAAGAUUAAUAGACAUGGGGAGCAACCAUCAGUGAAAAAGGAAGGAAAACAGGAGUCAUUGAAAGGACAGGAAGAUUAUUCCAUGGAUACAGAUGAUGAAAGUGAUUUUAAAAUUCCAGUGUUGCCUCAUGGACAACACUUAGUUAUUGACAUUAGAUCAACCUGGGGAGACAGACACUAUGUUGGCCUUAAUGGAAUUGAAAUUUUUAGCUCCAAAGGAGAGCCUGUACAAAUUUCUAACAUAAAAGCUGAACCCCCUGAUAUUAACAUUUUACCAGUCUAUGGCAAAGAUCCUCGUGUAGUAACCAACCUAACUGAUGGUGUGCAUAGGACCCAAGAUGAUAUGCAUCUUUGGCUGGCUCCAUUUACUCCUGGCAAAUCUCACUAUAUUUAUAUUGACUUUGUUCAGCCUUGCCAAGUUGCCAUGAUUAGAGUUUGGAAUUAUAAUAAAUCACGGAUACAUUCUUUUCGUGGGGUAAAAGACAUCAUAAUGUUAUUAGAUGAUCAGUGCAUAUUUAAAGGAGAAAUUGCCAAGGCUUCAGGAACAUUGACAGGAGCCCCAGAACAGUUUGGAGAUACUAUAUUAUUCACAACAGAUGAUGACAUUCUAGAGGCUAUAUUCUGUUCUGAUGAGACAUUUGAUAUUGAUAUUGAAACUCUGUGUAAUCUGAGAUAUGAGGAAGAAUUCAAGAGACCCCAGACAGCAGAUGGUGAGGGAGAUGAAAGACCAUUCACCCAAGCUGGUGUACGGAUAGAUGAUCAGGUUCAAGAGCAAGAGUUGCCCUCCAGCCCAUCUCUUCUUGAGUUGACAACUCCAGAGCCUGGAGUUUAUAGUGGAAUGUGCCUUCAGCUUAAUUUCACAGCCUCUUGGGGUGACGUGCAUUACUUAGGGCUGACAGGACUUGAAGUGGUAGGAAAAGAUGGUCAGUCUUUGCCAAUUACUUUGGAUAAGAUGUCUGCCUUGCCCAGGGAUUUAAAUGACCUUCCUGAAUACACUGAUGAUUCCAGGACCUUAGACAAGUUAAUAGAUGGGACUAACAUAACAGUGGAAGAUGAGCACAUGUGGCUGAUCCCCUUCUCUCCUGGGGAGGAUCACCUGAUCACAAUCUAUUUUGAUAAAGCUGAAAACAUUGUGGGGCUGCGCUUUUGGAACUAUAAUAAAUCUCCCGAGGACACCUAUCGAGGGGCCAAAGUCGUGCACGUGCUUUUGGAUGGCCAAUACAUCUCUCCACCAGCAGGCUUCCUCAUCCGCAAAGGGCCAGGCCACUGUCACUUUGAUUUUGCUCAAGAAAUUCUCUUCAUCGACUAUUUACAGCCCCAGACAGCGACAAAACCAUCACGGAGCAGGGCUGAUUUAAAGAGCACAGAGCAAGCUAGCAUGGACUAUGAAGCCCCAUUAAUGCCAUGUGGCUUCAUCUUCCAGUUUCAGCUUCUCACCAGCUGGGGAGAUCCAUAUUACAUUGGCCUGAAUGGACUGGAGCUGUAUAAUGAACAUGGAGAAAGAAUUCCUUUGACUGAAAACAAUAUUGCCGCUUUCCCAGACAGUGUGAAUACCCUGGAGGGAGUGUGUGGAGAUGUCCGAACUCCAGACAAGCUCAUUGACCAAGUGAAUGACACCAGUGAUGGCAGACACAUGUGGCUGGCCCCAAUUCUCCCUGGCUUGGUGAAUCGGGUUUACGUGAUCUUUGAUCUGCCUACUACUGUGUCUAUGAUCAAAUUGUGGAAUUAUGCAAAAACUCCCCAUCGAGGAGUAAAAGAAUUUGGACUUCUUGUUGAUGACUUGUUAGUAUACAAUGGAAUCCUGGACGUGGUCAGCCAUGUGGUUCAUGGCAUCUUGCCUACCUGUGAUCCCAUAGUCCCUUACCACACCAUUCUCUUUACGGAGGACGAGGAGAUUUGUCAUCGAGAGAAGUACACCAUUAUCAGUAAUCAUGUUGAGGAUCAGGAUGUCCGGAUGAUGAAUGAAAAUCAAAUUGUUACCAACUCCAAAAAGAAACAAACAACUGCUGACCCAGCUUUACGCCCCAAGACCUGCAUAAGCGAGAAAGAAUCGGUGAGGAGGAGAAGAUACUGACAGAUUGAGGAGAGAAAACAGUGUGGUCUAGCCAGCUCUUUGCUUUGACACUCCAGGACCCCCCUUCCCCCCCCCGCAGAGAUCCUUCCACUCACAGGCUAGGGGAAGGUUUUUUGACUGAUGUGAAAUUCAGGGCAAGUGUUGUCCUCCCUUUGCAUUUGGGUCUGAUACUUUGCCAACUGGGAAUCCAGAGGAGAUAUGAACUGAGUUCCAGUUAACACCACCAAUCAAGAGGGGGCUGAGAAAACAGUCAGUAUGUAUUGGAGUCUGUUUGGGGAUGGGGGAGAAGAGAUUCAGAGGUUAAAUUGCUUGGAAAAAAUACAGGCAUUGCUGGAUACAAACCUAGAGGACAAAGGGCCAUUUGAACUGUAUUUUUCUAAUGGAUUUUGGGGGUUUUGUUGUUGUUGUUUUGUUUCACUUGCCAUUCUACCAAAUUCUUCUCCUGCUUUCUCAGAGCCCUCUCCUGGGUACCUUGUCAGGCUCAGGCAGCUGCAGGAAAAGCCAGUUUAAAAUCUGUAAUGGGGAAUUGGCCUACAGGGGAAGAGCCUGAUAUAGAGGGAGAAAAAAAAAACCCAGUAUGAAUAAGAGUAUCUCCCCCGAGCAUGUGGUCCAGCCCUCUGAGUGUGAGCUCAGCAGUUACCAGAAAGAGACUGGGGUCACAGCCAAGAGCCAGCUUCUUGCUGGUGGAGAUGGCCAUAACUGCUCAUUCUUUAGGUAGGGAGGGACUUUAGGAUUGCCGAAGGAAGCUGUCCAUCCCCACAUUUCCUCUGAGGUCCAGUGUGGAAGACAUACAGUUAGGUAGAGGACGUGACCAUUAUUGUUAAGCGUACUCCCCAUUUCAUUAUUUUGGGGACAGUUUGGGGGCAGAGAAUGGAACAUCUCAUGCUCAUACCCAUGGAAAUAUUCAUAUAGAGCAUCUAUUUUAUGCAAACUCUCAUCUUUGCACCAUUCCUCUCAAAUUCUUGAUGGAAGAGAAUCCCUGGGAAAGGUGUUUCUAAAAGUGAAAUGCAUCUCCAGACUUCCUGUGCAUACACAUAUGUGUGCAUGUGUGUAUAGUCUCUUUCUCACACACAUACACACACUCACACAUAAACACACACACACACUUCUUUGGUCUUAACUCUCUUUUAACUCUGUAGGCCAGGCUGAAUCCCAGAAAUGAAAAGUGCAUAAUGUUAGAUGUCAUGCAGAAAGGGAAAUUCCAUCCCUUUCUUUAAAGCAGAGCAAAGAGGAAAUCCUGGAGGCUGCCCGAGUCUCCAUAUUUCCCUGAACUUUGAACUUUGAAAUUUGACCCUAAACAAGACCAGCCUUGGCCUAGGGUGAGGAGAGAGCUGGAGGCCACAUUUGCCUUCCAGAACCCAGUCCAGCUACUGGUUUGUGUGUAUCCAGAAAGAGGAUGGUCUAUUGCUGCAGAGGUUCCCCAAACACAAUUCGAUAGGUUGAAUCAAAAGCAAAAUUCCUCGCAAAGGGGAAGCCCAAGGUUAGUGACAGCACAGCCCUGUGGGGAUGGGAUGAACUGAGAUCCAAGGAAGCUGCAGAUCAGCCAGGUUCAAUUCCCCAGUGCUGUUCCCUGUGGGGCAGGACAGAGCACCUUGAAGUCAGAUUCCUGGGGCCUGAAGGUCAUUUGCUUUCAGCACUUCCCUCCAAGAAGUGAGAUGUUGCCAUCUUGUUAGCUGCUUCCUCAGUCCCCUCUGCUUUGCCCUGUGUAAGGACUUACCCCCCAUAUUGUUUCCUUGUGGGCUCCCUGAAGGAUAAGAAUGUAGGGCUCUAACACUUUGGAAGCAUUUAGCCAGGGAGUCGUAGGCCCUUCAGGUGUAAUGGUUCCAGCUGCUGCCAGCUCCCGCUUACCAGCACAUUGGGUACUUCUACUCCCCCACUCCCCACCCCCAGUGGGGAACAAGUGAGCCUUAACCCCUGUGCCAUGCGCUGUUCAAAAUACAUCUACUUCCAUCUAUAUACCAAGUUCUUAUCAGGGAACUAAUUGGUUUCCCAGUGGUGGGUAAUUUCUUGUUCCAAAUAUUAAUCUGUUGUUUUUCUGGCGCCCGGCCCGGAGACAGCCUAUGUACUGUAAGUAUGUUACUAUGCAACGGAAAACCUGAACAAAUAUUUUAUAAGAUUUGCAGAUUAAACGUAAGCAGCUAUGCAAAUGUACUUUCCAUUUGUAACUUGUGCAUGAUAUGAAGAUCAGGAUUUGCCCCUCCUAACUAAGAUUUAUCAUUUACCCAGCUUGUAAAAAACCCAACUUCCUGCUCUUGGUGAAUGCUUCUGAUGUGUGGGAUAGUAGAACUGUCCUUCAUGUCCAAGCUCUUAUAAGAGGGAAAAUGGAAAGAAGGUCAGACAUAGCUUGUAGGUUAGCAUUCCAAACCCCUAGUGAGAAUUUAUAGGCAUCUGACAAAACUACAGGGAAAAAAAACCCUGACCAACCUAACACUGAUGCCAUUUGUAUAAGUUAGAAUUGUCUGUGUAAGUGUGCUUGCACACAUACAACACACACACACACAGUCUGUCUUUGCUGAUAUUGCUAUAAUUGUAUGGACCAUACCAGGCUAGAAAAGGAUUGUACAGACGUUCAUCUUCAAAGAGAUUUAUAUUUUUUUCCCAAAGUCAAUAAAAUAUGUUCUAAAAA